GGCCUUAAUCUGCUUACCAGAGAAGAUUGGAUGAGAUGGGCCACAAAUAUCUGGAUUGAAGAAGUAAUCAGUGAGGUUGAAUAAGAUAAGAACUAAGGAAACAUGGAAAACUGGGAUUCUCUGGGCUGAUUAGCCUCGCCUGGAAGGAAACAUAUCGAAGUGGGUAUGGAAAGGAGCCCAAGAGAGAUGGGUCAAGAUUAGUCGAGGCUUCUUUAACUGUGCCUUGAUUUAUUGCGUCACACGUCUGGCGUUGCCUCGUGAAUGUUUAUUUGGACAAGCUACUGACGAACUCCUCGUCCUUCUUUUCAUUCUCUGAGUCUCUGGAUGACCAUUCAAUGAAUGUGCUCUCUGGUGUGGUCGGUGAAUUGUUGCAGAAAUUAAGAGGAUUUCAUGGCGAAGCUUUGGUUUUUGAGGUAACUGAUCUUUGUUGUUCCUGGUGAAAUUUUUGCAGAGAUCGCAAUUAUUUAUGGUGAAAAUUGAUAUCUGGGUUCUGACGAAAUAGAUAUUUGGGGCGUAAUCUUUGUUGGGUUUUAUGAGAAGUUGCAGGAACAGAAGGUAUUAUUGGCUUAAUUUGAUAAUUGGGUUUUGAAUAAAAACUCGUUUGGUGUGUCAUCUGUUGUGGCCUGUGGGUCUUUGUGGGAAAUCGCAGAGCUGGAAACUUGUAGAGAUUGAGAGCAUUUUGAUACUUGGGUUUCCAAUAAAAAGGCAUUUGCUGUGUUAUCUGUGAUGGUUUUCAUAUAAAGUUGCUGAGAUUGAACACUUUGAGAUCUUCUGUCUGAAUGCAGAGAGUUCGAUAAGCAAUUGAUGGUGGGUUUCUUUUCAAUUUGAUGUUACGGAGUGGGAAAAUACCAGAUGGCCAUGGCAAGCAAAACUAGAAAUAUGCUGGAGGGUCUGGUAAGAGAGGGAUCAUUCAAAUGGUUGCUUGGCAGCAGGAGUUCCUUCAAUGAUGAAGUUGAGGAGAUGGGAAAGUCUCCAUCAGCUCGGAAAAAUUGGAUUCAGGAGCUUUCGCCUGUUGCAAAUAUUGUGGUCAGAAGAUGCUCAAAGUGAGUGAGGGGCUAUGCCACUUGUAUUAUUUUGUCACCUUUCCAUAAUAAUCCUUGGCAUUUCUACAAUGGAACUUCGUGAAAGCUUUGAUGCAGAAGCUUCUGAUUCUAUAAAGCAUCCAUCAUGUUUUGCCAGGAACUUUUUGGAAUACUGUUGUUUCAGGGCACUUGCUCUAUCAACACAAGUAACAGGUCAUUUGGCUGAUAAAAAGUUUCGACGUCUAACAUUCGACAUGAUGCUAGCGUGGGAAGCUCCAAGUGCCACCUGCCAACCGUUACUUAAUGUGGGUGAAGAUGCCGCUGUUGGGAUAGAAGCCUUUUCAAGAAUAGCUCCGGUGGUUCCUACCAUUGCCAAUGUGAUUAUCAGUGAUAAUCUUUUUGAGGUGCUUACAGCAUCAACUGAUGGUCGGCUUCAGUUCUCCAUCUAUGAUAAGUACCUAACUGGACUAGAAAGAGCAAUAAAAAAGUUGAAGUGCCAAUCAGAGUCAUCUCUUCUUUCUACUGUCCGGUCCUCAAGGGGAGAAAAGAUCCUGGAAGUGGAUGGGACGGUUACCACCCAACCAGUUCUUGAACAUAUAGGAAUCUCUACAUGGCCUGGUCGAUUAAUUCUCACAGAUCAUGCGCUUUACUUUGAAGCUCUUCGUGUCGUGUCUUAUGAUAAGGCCAAAAUAUACGAUUUAUCAGAUGACUUAAAACAGGUCGUUAAACCUGAGUUGACAGGACCAUGGGGUACACGACUUUUUGACAAGGCAGUUCUGUAUAAAUCAAUUUCCUUAUCAGAACCAGUUGUGAUUGAAUUUCCUGAACUUAAAGGACAUACUCGUCGGGACCAUUGGCUAGCCAUUAUCCGAGAAAUUUUAUAUGUUCAUAGAUUUAUUCAUCAGUUCCAGAUUAGUGGAGUUGAACGUGAUGAGGCACUUUCAAAGGCUGUGCUUGGAAUUCUGCGAGUGCAGGCCAUUCAAGAAAUUAGUUCUGCAGUUCCUCUUCGUAGCGAGGCUCUUCUCAUGUUUAAUCUUUGUGAUCAGCUUCCAGGUGGAGACUUAAUAUUAGAAACACUUGCAAACUUGUCAACAUCAAGGGAAUUAGACAGGACUAACAAUUCAGUGGUUGAAGGUGGGAUGUAUUCAAUCUCAGCCUUGGCCAUGGUUUCUAACUUAGGGUUUGUUUUCGGAACAAGUCCAGAUGUUCCUAAUGAGGCUGGGCUUGUUGUUGGUGAGAUAGCUGUUGGGAAAAUGACUAUGUUGGAAAAAGUAGUGAAGGAAUCCAGAAGCAACUAUAAGAAGGUGGUGCUAGCACAAGAAACAGUUGAUGGUGUAAAAGUAGAUGGCAUUGACACCAAUUUGGCAGUAAUGAAGGAGUUACUUUUUCCAGUUAUGGAGCUUGGGAAGUUGCUUCUUUCUCUGGCAUAUUGGGAUGACAGCAGAAAGUCUCUGGCAUUCUGCUCAAUUUUCACUUACAUCAUUUGGAGGGGAUGGCUGGGUUAUGCCUUGGCACUGAUACUCAUCUUUAUUGCGGUCUUUAUGGCACUUACGAGAUGUUGUGGUCAAGGGAGGCCCGUUGAGGAAGUGAAGGUAAUAGCACCUCCUACGAUGAACACAAUGGAACAGCUUUUGGCUGUGCAAAAUGCGAUUUCUAAAGCUGAAGUGUUCGUCCAGGAUAUAAACAUUGUUCUGCUCAAGUUACGGGCCCUGUUGUUGGUCAUUUUCCCUCAGGCAAGCCUCAAAUUUGCAAUGGCUCUCUUGCUCAUAGCCGUGGUUUUGGCCUUGGUUCCCCUCAAGUUCAUGGUUAUACUGACCUUUCUGGAGACAUUCACACAUUAUUCACCCCCAAGGAGAGCAAGCACAGAGAGAUGGAUGAGGAGAUUCAGAGAAUGGUGGUUUAGCAUUCCAGCAGCUCCUGUUCUUCUUGAAAGAGAAAAGGAAGAGAAAAAGAGGAAGUGACAUUAUAGCAACUUGUAAACUAUGCAUAUAUAUAUGUGUGUAAAUGUGUCUCGAGUGAUAUGAUGUUUUUUCUUUUUUAUCUUUUUUGAAAAAAUAUUUAUAGGCCUGGAUGUAAAUUUCUACCAUGAAAAAUAACAAAAAUAAUAAAAAGGAUCAGUUUGUUUCAA